ACCGAUCACAUUGCCCGAGUCCCACAUACUACAACGAUGUCGUUUAACUUUGCAGCUGGAUUGUAGGGUUUAAGCGACGUUUUUGUCAAGCUCUUCAGUCUUUCACUAUAUUUCUCUUCCUUAUACUCCACAUAGAAAAAUGGCAUCGUUUGGCAGAUUAGCAGUAACAGCGGGUUCAAGGUCCAUGGCGGCUGGGUCAAGAACUCUAACGCAAAACUGUCUACACGCAAAAUCUAUUUCUUCUGCUUUCUCUUCCCCAUCAACACGAACCAUCGCCAGCGCUUCAAGAGUUGUAUCGGUUUUAGGAAGCAUGGUGUCCUUGAUGCCAUUACACACUGCUAUUGCAAAUUCUCGGCUAAAAUCCAGCAUUGCUGUUGAUUCCUCCUGCUGGAGCUGGCUUUCUCAAGAUUCUGCAGUUCCUCGGUGACAAAGAUUUCCAUCAUUUCAAACAAAAUUGCUUGCUUUCGAGCAGUUUUUAUUUCUCUUCUGUUAGUUCUUCCACCUCUUUGCCAUUUCAUUGCUGCUAUUUGCUCGGCAUAAGUCAUCUUCUCGCUCGGAUCAUGUGUUAGUAUAGAUAGAGGACACCGUAUCCUUCUUAUUCCUCAAGGGAGAAAAACUUUACUCGAAAUUCGUAUCAACUUGUGCACUCUCUAUGAUUGUUUCUUUGACUCAUUCUCUAUUCUCUGAAGUUAAGAAGUUUGAUUCA